CACCCCGCAGGUAGCCAAUCCCCCUCUUCAACCUCAUCCCAGACGUGUCCUUCCACCAGCAGUACUUGGUUCCAUUUCUUCACACCUCCCAAUGCACCACCCCACCCCUCUCUCCCCGGCCUUCUAUUUCCAUUACUUAACAGCUCCACCAUAUUCCCUCCCGCCGUCUUCACCUCUCUCUCUCUCUCUCUCUCUCUCUCUCUCUCUCUCUCUCUCUCUCGCCAUGCAAUUCUUCGCCGCUCCGUCACCUCCCGAACUCGAAACCCCCCCUCAUCCUCGCAUACCUGCAAACACAGCUCCAUUGAAUUCGCAGUCCAUCUCAUGCAAAAUUCUCACCAACCCCUCCAAUAAGUCACUCCCCAAAGAACCACCGCCGCCAUCGCAGCUGCGGCUGCAACUUCCAGUCAAACCUCCACCGACGAUGUCGCCGACAACCCCAGCUGCGAAGCUUCCCAUGUUAAACCCGCUUCAGAAACUGGCUGCAAGAGCACUCGACUCCGUGGAGAAAUCGCUGAUAGUUGAAUUACUGGAAAAGAAUCAUAAGCUCCCCCGCACCGUCGACCCGGCGGUUCAAAUAUCCGGGAACUUUGCUCCGGUUCCGGAGUUUCCCGUCCAACAGGAGCUCGAAGUUGUGGGUCAGAUUCCGGCCAGCCUUCACGGCGUUUAUCUGCGCAACGGAGCAAACCCCAACUUCUUGCCGACGGGCAGACAUCACCUAUUCGAUGGCGACGGCAUGAUCCACGCGGUCAAGUUCGGAGCUUCGAACCGGGUCAGCUACAGCUGCCGGUUCACUCGAACCAGCCGGUUCAUGCAGGAAGCAGCGCUGGGCCGUCCCCUUUUUCCCAAGCCCAUAAGCGAGCUGCAUGGCCACUCUGGGAUCGCGAGGCUCGCGCUUUUCUACGCGCGCGGUUUGGUCGGCGUGAUCGACUGCUCAAAGGGCAUCGGCGUGGCGAACGCAGGGCUCGUCUAUUUCAACGGCAGGCUUCUUGCCAUGUCAGAGGACGACCUGCCGUACCACGUCAGAAUCAAAAGCGACGGUGAUCUGGAGACAAUCGGACGGUGCAACUUCACCGGGCAGCUCGAAUGUCCCAUGGUUGCUCACCCCAAGGUGGACCCCACGACAGGGGAGCUUCACGCUCUGAGCUACAACGCGAUGUCUAAACCCUACCUCAAGUACUUCAAGUUCGACACGUGCGGGAGAAAGUCACGUGACGUGGAAAUCAAUCUACGAGCGCCCACGAUGAUCCACGACUUCGCCAUAACGGAGAACUACGUGGUGGUUCCCGACCACCAGGUGGUGUUCAAACUAUCAGAGAUGGCUCGGGGCGGGUCGCCCGUAAUCUACGACCCGAAUAAGACUUCCCGGUUCGGAGUUCUACCAAAGAACGACGCCGACGACUCGAGAAUCCGGUGGUUCGACGUGCCAGAUUGCUUCUGCUUCCACCUGUGGAAUUCAUGGGAGGAAUAUUCCGGCGACAGCAACGGUGAUGACACCGUGGUCGUCAUCGGGUCUUGCAUGAACCCGCCGGACUCCAUUUUCAACGAACGGGAAGAAUCCCUGCGGAGCGAGCUGUCGGAGAUCCGGCUGAACAUGAAAACGGGGGAGUCGAGCAGGCGAGUGAUCGUAGAGGAUAUGAAUUUGGAGGCUGGGCAAGUGAACAAGCGGAGGCUGGGAAGAAAGACCCGGUACGCGUACAUGGCUAUAGCAGAGCCGUGGCCGAGGUGUUCGGGGGUGGCGAAGGUGGACUUGGUGACCGGAGAGGUGAGUCGGUAUUUGUACGGCGAGGGGAGGUACGGCGGCGAGCCAUGUUACGUAGCGCGGGAAGGAGAGGAAGAAGAGGCGGAGGGAGGGUGGGUGAUGAGUUUUGUGAGAGAUGAGAGGAGGGGAAGGUCGGAGCUGGUGGUGUUGAAGGCGGCGGAGAUGGAGGAAGAGGCGAGGGUGAGGUUGCCGAGGAGAGUGCCGUACGGAUUUCAUGGUACUUUUGUGAGUUCCGAAGAGUUGGAGGAGCAGGCUUUGUUGCCUUAAUUAAUUACAUUAUUAUUAUUAUUAUUAUUAUUAUUAUUAUUAUUAUUAUUAAGAGAUUGUGAUAUAUGGAAUAAAUUUAUUAAUGAAAAGGUAGCUAUCUCCAUCUCCACGUA